AAAAAUACUAAAUAGUUUUAAUGUUCAUACAAAGACAUACAAUCACAGAUGAGAUAAAAUUUAUUAGUUAUCUAAUAACUUAUUAAUUUAGUUUUAUCUUAUCUGUGAUGCAUUAUUAAUGAACGUUGCUAAACACUUUUGAUAAAUUUUAACUGUUAUUUGAAUUGCUAAAAAGGUCAAAUUUAUUUUACGAAAUGGAAGGUGAAAAUAUUAUGGAUGAUGUUGUCUCGAAUGAUGAUUUAAAGAAAUUUGAAAAUGAAUAUUAUCAACAAUUAUCAACUGGAACUGUAUCACAACACACUAAAUUUCAUUAUGCUUGGUGUCUAGUUAGAAGUAAUUAUCCAGCAGAUAUAAGAAAAGGUUUGAUUUUAUUGGAACAAUUAAUCAAACAUGAAGCUAAUGAUGAAGAUGCCAAAAGAAAUUACUUGUAUUAUUUAGCGCUAGGAAACUCUAGAAUUAAAGAGUACAGUACUGCUCUUCAAUUCAUAAAAGCUUUCUUGCAUAUGCAGCCUGAAAAUAUGCAAGCUCAAAGCUUGAUGAUGAUGAUAAAAAAGAAAAUGGAAGCUGAUGCUCACAAAGGAAUGGCCAUUGCAGGAGGAGUAGCAUUAGGUGUCGGUGCUGUAAUUGGACUAGGUAUCGCAUUGGCCAAAUCAGCUGCAAGAAAAUAAUAACUUAGAAGUCUAGAUAAAAUUGCUAUUUCUAUUUUUUCAUUCCUUCUAUUACUUGAAUAUUACAAAUUUAUUUAUGAAUCUUAAAUUAUUUUUUAAAUUUAAAUUUGCUAAUUUUGCGUUGAAAUAAAAAUACAUGUAAUGUGAUUGAAAAAUGAAGUAUAUAUAAAAUUGCAUAAUUUUAGCUUUAAUGCAUUAAUUACCUUGUAUAUUUAUUUAUAAAUUUACUAUUAAUAAAAUCUUGUCAUUGAAAGUGAAGAAAAUCAAUAAUAUAUUUAAUCAAUGAUUAUGUAUAUUAAGAAGAUAUUAUAAAAUUAAAGAAUUAAUUUUUUUCAA